AUGGUGGGGAGCUUGGAGUUCUGCACAGGUGGCCUGGGCACUCGCAUGGUUUUAGUUCUGGGUCACACGACCUGUGCUUCGAUUUAUGGGGCGACCAGCACCUAUUUCAACAACAGUCGCGGGAAUCCGAGCCCGACCCGUUCAGCACUGGAUGGUCUGCUCUAUGACCUGAGUGUCGUGGCUGAACAAGCGGCCUAUGACAUGGGUCCUCAUGCGGCCCAGGAAGAUGUUGCGGCGCAUGCCGUUAGGAUAAACGUCUUCCACACCAUCGACUUCCUGUUGAAGUUCAGCAAGUCGAUUAGGGAACGGGUCUCCUGCGGCCAAGUGGAGAUACAAGGAGCCCUUUAUCAUAUGGACACUGGCGUAGUCGAAUUCAUGGGCCGCUCGCCGCGGCAAUCUUCCUUGCUGACCUGCAAGGUGGCCAUGCCGCCAUCCGUCGAAGCGCUUUCGAGUGCGGCGAGCCCACGAGGUCGUGUGCGAACAGGUGUAGAUAACCGGGUGCCGGCACUGGAGGCGCUGAACCUUCUGAAAGAAGGGAACGAACGCUUCGCGGUGGGUGCUCCCAUCUCCAAGAUGAGCACUUCUUCCAUGGUGAAUGCUCUCGCCAGCGCCGGCCAGGCACCCUUUGCUGCCAUCCUUGGAAGUGCUGAUUCUCGUGCUCCCAUUGACUCCCUCUUCGAUGCGAUGCCAGGCGAUUUGUUCGUCUUGCGAAACGCAGGAAACACCUGCACCCAUGCGGAGGGCAGCAUGGUGGGGAGCCUAGAGUUCUGCGUCUCCAAACUUGGGACGCGGCUGAUCCUGGUGCUGGGACAUACAGACGACCUGGCCGUCAGAGGUGCUCUCGCCACACACCUGUACGGCAGCACUUCGAAAUCCAUCGGCUCUGCUUUGGAAGGCCUCCUAAUGGACUUGACUUCUGUAGCAGAGGAGGCCUGCAAGGACUUGGGCCCUUUUGCCGACCUGGAUCAGCUUGCGGCGCAUGCAGUCCGGGUGAACGUCUUCCACUCUAUGAACUUUCUGCUGAAGUUCAGUGAGACGCUGAGAGGCUUCGUGCGCAGUGGGGAGCUAAUGAUCCAGGGUGGCAUCUACCAUCUCUCCACGGGACGGGUGGAGUUUCUUGGCCGCUCGCCAGAGCAGGAAGAGCUUCUGUCCUCGAGCAUCCAGCUACCGCCCUCCAUGUCGGCAUUGCCCAUUCGAACCACAGGAGACGAUGCUAUCCUGCCGGAGCAGUCCCUUCAGCUACUGAAGGCGGGCAAUGAGCGUUUCGCAGUUGGCAUGCCGCUGGCUGGGGGCAUCACUGCCGAGAUGAGGAAAGCCUUGGCAAGAGAGGGUCAGGCGCCCCAUUCGGCCAUUGUCGGCUGUGCUGACUCGCGAGCUGCUCUGGAAGCGAUUUUCGAUGCAAUGCCUGGCGACCUUUUCGUGCUGCGAAAUGUGGGCAACAGUUUCACGCACGCAGAAGGCAGUGUAAUGGGCAGCCUGGAGUUUUGUACUGGCACGCUGCAGACACCGCUGAUCUUGAUUUUGGGCCACACAAGCUGUGCGGCCAUCAAAGGGGCUACCCAUGCCUAUGUGAACUCCACUCAGAACAAGGUGAACAAGGCCGGCAGAGCGCUGGGCUCUUUGCUCGAAAGCCUGAGCACUGUGGCCCAGUGUGCAGCUGAAGAAUUGGACGAGGAUGCAACCGAAGAUGAGAUUGCUGACUUGGCCGUGCAGAUGAAUGUCUUCCACACCAUGGACUACCUGCUGACCAAUUCCGCUUUCAUCAGUGACAAGGUGCAAAGAGGGGAAGUGGACAUCCAGGGAGGGAUCUACAACCUCGAGUCCGGCCGCGUCAACUUCCUCGGGCGCAGUCCGAAUCAAUCCAAGAUCAUCAACACCUUCUAA